UCUCUCUAUCUCUCUCUCUCUCUCCACCAUUAAUGGAGGCAACCUAUCGCUCGUCCUCCACGCCUAAUUCCACCUUCCGCUACUGCCACUGCCGCUGCUUCCGCCGCUGUUGUCGCUGCUUCGUUUGCUGCUACUGUUGCUCCUCUCCCUCUGAUCUUUUCUAGGUUUAGGGUUCCGAUUAGGGUUUUUUUGAAAAAUUUUUGUUAUGGAUCUGACGGGGCCUCAAUCGAAGCUCUCGCUGGGGUUUCACCAUGCCCAUGGCGCCCCGAUCGCCACAAACGGCUCGAUUUCCCUUCAGAUCGAUUCGAGACACCGAGAUCUGCCCCGGGAUCCGCGGCCGAUCCCGUUGCAGCUUCUAGAUCAGCAAUCGGGGAAUUUCAAGGACGAUCCGGAGGAAUCCGAUGACGAGGGGAGGAGAGAAGAGGCGGAGGACGAGAAAGACGAGGAGUUCAGCUUCCUCGGCCACCAGUUAUCCCUUAAGAGGCGGCGAAGGGACGAGUCCUCUUCUUCGUGCUCGUCCUCCUCGCUACAUCCCUCAAAAAGGGCUCUGAUUGAGCCCGAUCUCGAGACACGAAGGUCAGCGGUGCGUUCAUGGGGGAAUCAGCCACUAUCCAUGGCCGACCCCGAUGUAUGUGGCAUCAUGGAGAAGGAGAGGGAUCGCCAGGUGAGGGGGAUCGAGCUCAUCGCCUCGGAGAACUUCGUUUGCCGCGCGGUUCUCGAUGCCCUAGGAAGCCACCUUACCAACAAGUAUUCCGAGGGUUUGCCGGGGGCCCGAUACUACGGCGGCAACCAGUACAUCGACCAGAUUGAGAGGCUGUGCCAUGAGCGAGCCCUCGCGGCCUUUGAUCUCGAUCCCGAGUGCUGGGGCGUGAAUGUCCAGCCCUACUCAUGCACCUCUGCCAACUUUGCGGUUUACACUGGGCUGCUGCUCCCGAAGGAUCGAAUUAUGGGGCUGGAUUCGCCAUCUGGUGGGCAUGUAAGUCAUGGAUACCACACGCCAGGUGGAAAGAAGAUUUCCGGUGCCUCCAUUUUCUUCGAGUGCCUGUCUUAUAAGGUGAACCCACAAACAGGAUACAUUGAUUAUGAUAAGCUUGAGGAAAAGGCGAUAGAUUACCGCCCGAAGAUACUAAUCUGUGGGGGGAGCUCGUAUCCGAGGGAGUGGGAUUAUCCUCGGCUUAGACAGAUAGCAAAUAAGUGCGGAGCAGUUUUGAUGUGUGACAUGGCGCAUAUUAGCGGUCUUGUGGCGGCGAAGGAAUGCCUAAGCCCAUUUGACUACUGUGAUAUCGUUACUUCAACUACUCAUAAACUCCUUCGUGGUCCUAGGGGUGGUAUAAUCUUUUUCAGGAAAGGAAAGAAACCAAGGCACCUUGUGCCUUCUUUAUGGCAGGCAGAUGGAGCUGAUCAAUAUGAUUUCGAAGAUAGAAUUAAUUUUGCUGUUUUUCCAUCAUUGCAAGGGGGACCUCACAACAGCCAUAUCGCUGCUUUGGCAAUAGCUCUAAAGCAAGUGGCCACACCAGAAUAUAAAGCUUAUAUUCAACAGGUCAAGAAAAAUGCUCAAGCUUUAGCAUCUGCUUUGCUCAGCAGAAACUGUAAAUUAGUUACUGGAGGCACGGACAACCAUUUACUGCUUUGGGAUCUAAGAACAUUUGGAUUAACAGGAAAAAACUUUGAGAAGGUUUGCGAGGCAUGCCACAUUUCUGUGAACAAGACUACGAUAUAUGGUGACAACGGCACCAUCUCUUCUGGAGGAAUAAGAAUAGGUACUCCUGCCAUGACAACAAGAGGUUGCUUAGAGGGGGACUUUGAAACGAUUGCUGAGUUCCUUCUGAGGGCCGCCCAGAUAGCUAGCUCUGUCCAGAGGGAACAUGGGAAGCAGCAAAGGGAGUUCCUUAAGGGUCUUCAGAACAAUAGAGAUGCUCUUGCACUUAGAAACAGCGUCGAAACCUUCGCCUCACAGUUCGCCAUGCCGGGCUUUGAUGUAUGAGCUGCUUUACACAAAUCUCACCUUUACAUAUUCAAUCCUUAACAUUUUGUCACUAGUACCUCAACCUGAUGCAUCUGAAGCUGCGGUUCAGCCCAUACACCCAUUUACGUUGUAAAUAUAGGAGAUUACGUUGUCUUAUCCUUGAAUUCAUUUUUGUAUGUAUGUUAUUGAUAGUAUAUUGAAAGUAUUGCGGAAUUUAAGUUGGUAGAGUUUUCAUCGUGUUGCUGUUCAGAGUGUGAAGUAUUCCUUGAUGAUUUUAAGGAAUCAUCAGCUCGAGUCUAUGUUAAUCUGAUGCCAAAAUUAGCUUUGUAGUUCUCUCAAAAUAAUACUCUACUAUUUGCUCCAUUGCAGAUACAGGAUAUUUGCAGUAGCAAUAAUCUAUUUGGUUGUCCAAUUUA